UGGUCUAUCAGUCUAAGCCCCGCCUCCUCCUGACGAGCAUUAAUAGCGCUUGAGCAAAGCAGGCGAGAAUAGCAUUACAGCAGCGAAAAUGAUCAACUGGAAGGCCCUGGACAACAUCCCCCUCCUCUUCUACAUCCUUGCCCUGAAGACGCUGCUGCUGUGCUUGGCCUUCGCCGGGGUCAAGAUUUACCAGAGCAGGAAAGUUGAGGAGGCCCUGAAGAAGGAGCAGGCCGAGAGGAGGACGAGGCUGGCCCAGCAGCCGCAGGAACUCAUCGACAACCUGAAGGAGGACUGAGGAAGUCCAGAGGAGCAGGAGGAGCUCCUCCCAAGAAGUCGAAGAUGCAGACGGAAAGAGGAGAAUCUGGAGAUUCGCUCUUCGGCACUGGGAUGUUGACGUCACGAGUUUUACUCCAUAUUGACUGUCUGUUUUUUUUUUAAAUGCAUAUAGAAGAAAGGAAAACAGAAUCUUUUCAGACAUGAAAAAACUCAUGGUCUGAGCUGAGCUUUGUCUACAUGUGUGGCUGAGUUUUCACUGCCUGAAAUAUUUUUGUAACUAUAUUAAAUAGUUUGCUGACAUCAGUGUAUUUGAGUAAGUUUUUUUUUUCUUUACUAAUUAAGAAAAACAAUUUAUGGUAAUAUACUUUUAAAGAAAACCUUAGCUCUCAAAAUGUGCUAUUACUGUAUAAUAUGCCCUUGUUUUUUUUAUUCAUUAUUACUGAUCUGUGUUUAAAAUCACAAUGUCUUGAUUGUGCCGAUUUGAUAUUAAUGUAUUAAAGGAAAAGACAUGCCUUGAGCUAUUAGUUCAUGUAUUUUUGGUGACCAUUCUUGCCCAAACUAAAGAUUAACAGCAGUUUUGAGUAUAUUUGUAUAGAGGAAAUAACUUUUGUAAUUACUUGUUUGAGAAAAAAAUCAAAUAAAAAUCCAUCAUGGCUCAAAGUAAAGUGAGUUAAAAGCAUUUGUAAAAUUACUAUUAUUAUUAUUUUUUUUAAGAACAUUCUUGUGUGUGAAUAGAAGUCGACUGGAUCAUGAAAGUAAUUGUUUGAAAUGCAUCACUUUGUGUAAAAGAGUUUGAGUUUUGGAAGAUAUUCAGUGAAACUUAAACGUAAACAUGCGGCAAUAGUUGGUUUUUUUUUUAACCUUUCUCAAACAGCAGAGGGCGCUGCUGCAUUCAUAUUCACUCAAUGGGUGUAAAAGCAGGCUAACAAGCAAAGAAAUGUGACGCUAAGUUUUUCAAAAUCUUCGUUUUGUUUUCUUGUGUUUUCAUUUCGGGCUAAUGCUCUCAUUUACAUUGUAUUUAAACCCUUGUUUCCUGUUUUAUUUUGACGGUGCUGCUUUCCUUCCUCUUUCAGUGUCACACCAGAUUCCGUUUUGUAAUCAACCCUCCUUCAGCCUCUUGACUUCAUUCGCUCUUGAGUAUUUAAUUUUCUGAUUCGUUUUAAUGUUCCAUCGCAGAGCUCGACAGCAGAGAGCAGCAUCAGCAGGAAGCCAGCAACCUGGAUCUUCAUGAUUACUGGUGGAGAGAGAGAAAAACAAAGCUGAUUCCUUCGGUAGACUUGUCUGUCUGAAGCACAGAAUGCUGAAGAUCUUCAGUGGAGGAAAGUCUCUGAAGCUGCAGUCUACCUGAUCUGGGCUUGUUAUAUAGGAUCCAGGGAGCCAGGAUCCUCUCUUUAACUGGAGCUGUUCUUCACCAAAUGAGGCCUGAAAUGCAGAGAUCUUCACUGAAGGGAGCCAGGAUCCUCUCUGUAACUGGAGCUGUUCUUCACCAAAUGAGGCCUGACAUGCAGAGAUCUUCACUGAAGAAGCCGCACCCGACGAGGCAUUCAGUUUCGGCUCCGGUGCCGCACCGGAAGAGGACGUCGGUUGAGAUAAUGCUGUCAUCAGCAAAUCCUUCUUCAUACUCUGCUCUGAACUUUUUAUGUACAUCAAAAAUAAAUUAACAUCAGUUCUG